GUAUUAUUUGAUAGCAACGUGAAAUUAACAAUUUUUAAGAGUUUUAUUUCAAGAUUUUUUUUUUUAGAAAAUGAAAACAAAUCCUCAGGUUGCAUCUGACGAGCUGUAGUGUUUUUGAUCGGAUAUACAUGCAAUUGCUCGUAUUAUUAUUUCACUUAGUUUUACCCUUAUUAAAGUCUUCCCAUUCUGAGAAACCCACAAACGAAAUUGUAUAUUUAUUUUGAAACGUAACGAAACCGCAUCGAUACAAUUGUUUAAUUAAGUCCUAGCAAUGCUAUUAUCAUGUCGCUUGCAAUACAUAGAAAUUGAAGCAAGGGUAUUUUUCAUAGACAGAAAUGGUAAAAUGGUAAUUCAUAAUAAAAUGUUGUUUAUUAUAUCAAUUUCAAAUAUAUACUCUUUGGCAUACACAAAGGUAACCAUAUCGAUACUACGGCUGCGUUAAAACUUUGAAUUAUAUAAUUCUUCUCCUAUGUAAAGGUUCUAUUACGUUCAGUUUAAUUCCAUAAAUUGAGUGAAGCAUUGUAACUAACAAAGCGAAAUUUGAAAAAAAUGUGGAGGAAAAAAAUGACUGAAGUUCGUCGUUCAUAAAAAGUGUUCAACAACUAAAGUGUUCGAUAUAGAGACCCUAUAUCACAAUGUGAAUUAUUUUGAAAAUUAGGAUCAUAGUGGAAGAAAAACAAUCUAAUUAACAGUAAUAGACGCUAUUCGUGAAAACUACUAAUUGAAACUAAUUAACAAUCGUCGACAUAAACUCAACAGUGCAGUUUAACAAAAAAAAAUCAUAAUAAAAAUGUACACAGAGCUUUGCUUUGAUUCAUUAAAAACUUAAUUAUCGACUCGUUUCAAAGUUUUUUUUUGCAACGAAAAUAUUACAUUUCGAUGAGCAUUGCAUCAACAAUUUUUCGCAGAAUGGAUGAUGAUAACGACGAGAAAGAUGAUAGCAAAAGAAAAUCUCGGAAUCUUAGCGAGAAAAAGCGUCGGGAUCAAUUCAAUCUGCUAAUAAACGAACUAAGUCUAAUGGUGUCUUCAACAAACCGCAAAAUGGACAAAUCUACAGUACUUAAAACAACUAUAGCUUUUCUGAAACAGCACAACGAAAUAACUGUUCGAUCUAGAGUCCAUGAAAUACAAGAAGACUGGAAACCAUCGUUUUUAUCAAACGAAGAAUUUACUCACUUGUUUUUAGAAGCACUGGACGGAUUUAUCAUAGUGUUCUCCACUAAUGGACGAAUAUUUUACGCAUCGGAGAGUAUAACAUCGUUACUUGGACAUUUGCCGAAUGAUCUUUUGAACAUGACCAUCUAUGAUUUAGCGUUUGAAGAGGACCAUUCUGAUAUUUAUAAUUUGCUUUCAAGUCCAUCGAUAAUGGUAGAUCCAGCACAUGAUACUUUAACUUCAGAGAAUCAAGUCUGUUUUACAUGUCAUCUCAAGAGAGGUGGUCUAGAUGUUAAGGAAGUGAUUUCCUACGAACUCGUACAAUUCGUCGGUUACUUCAGAAGUGAUAUUGACGUUGAAAAUCUUUUACUUCCGAAUGCCAACAGCAUUGAGUUCUCCAGCGAAAAUGAUUCUAGGGUAAUAUUUAUAGGAACAACACGGAUUCAGACACCACAACUAAUAAAAGAGAUGUCAAUCAUUGGAUCCAGUAAAAGUGAAUUUACAUCGAGACAUAGUUUAGAGUGGAAAUUCUUGUUCUUAGAUCACAGAGCGCCACAAAUAAUUGGCUAUCUGCCAUUUGAAGUGCUGGGAACGUCUGGCUACGACUACUACCACUUUGACGAUCUGGAAAAAGUUGUAACGUGUCAUGAAGCUUUGAAGCAAAAAGGAGAAGGAACAUCUUGCUACUAUCGCUUUUUGACUAAGGGUCAACAAUGGAUUUGGUUACAGACAAGAUUCUACAUCACGUACAACCAAUGGAAUGCAAAGCCUGAAUUUGUGGUCUGCACUCACUUUGUCAUCAGUUACGCCGAUGUGAUGAAACAAAUUAGACAUUCGGAAACUUCUACUCGAGAAGACGUGAAUGAUUCUGAUAGUAUGAUGUCGGUCCAGUUGCAAACACCUAUUUCAAUGGACACAAAUUCCCCGUGGAGUUCUCGAGACUCAAGAUCUAGGCACUCUGCGACAAUGUCACCGGAACACAAAUUUAACCGACACAGACAUCGAUAUCACACAUACCACGGAAGGGAUUCCGAUUCUACAUCUUUAUCAGACUCCCCAGCUAGUCGCUACUCAUUGUCCACCCAAUAUCGUUCGGAUAAGAAGCUCCGACCUGGUUCACAGUCGCUUCGCUCUUCACCACAACAACAGCCAACAUCACAAAACAAUCAACUAGAGUCAAUGCAUGCGAUUCAAACAACCGUACCAUCCCAAAUUGGUAUUCCAGCGUUCCUAGAACCACCACAGUAUUUAGCUGCAAUUCCAGUUCAGCCCGUUCUAGCGCCCGGUAUAACAACAGCAGCAGUCUUGUCACCCAUUCAAACAACCUCCGAAUUAAUUCAUCCCAAUCUUUUAAUGACAACGAGUCAAACACUAAUGCAUGAUCAGUUACAACGAAAGCACGAAGAGCUGCAGGCAUUAAUUGUACAUCAACAAGACGAACUACGCCGCGUUUCUGAACAGCUGUUGAUGACUCGAUAUGGAUUACCCAUUGUGAAUGUAACACUUCCAUUCACACAAUCCAUUACCAACACGGGCUUCGAUCAAAGAACGGAGUCACAAUACACCCAAAACCAUUUAACUGCUGAUCAGCCACAUUUGCUUCAAGUCGAAACAAACAACAGUGGCCAUAUAUCACCCAGGCACAGUGUGAAUAACGAUUCAGGAUACAAUACAAUUCAAACGGUGCAUUCCCCGUCAAAUGAUGACAUGAUAUCGUACAUGCAAUUGACCCCUGUAUCGACCGUGCAUGUGCAACAUAACCAUCCGCAGAUAUUGCUACACGAAAGCAUGGCAACGUCGAGAGCUUCUAAUCAGAACGAAGUCAUUUCUUAUCAGAUGAGUGAUGAACAGGCCCAUAUUUUGUUUGCGUCUACGAAUUCGAAUUCACAUUCUCAAUAAAAGAAAAUUGGUGGUAAAGUCAGUGGGAGAGUGUCUUGUAGAGUUUAGAUUUUUCCGAGAGACAGAAGACCAAUUUUUUGUCAUAAUGAGUACAACCUUUUAAUCUAUUCAAUCUCUCUCUUUCUCUCUUGCAUAGCCAAUUUUACAGAAUUGUGAUAGGCCAAUAACUCUUCCAGAUAAAAGUAAGAAUGGUGCGUGACACAAUGUAUGGUUUUUAUUCCCAUCUUCCAUGUAUUCUUACAGGCAUCUACGCCCAGGAUAUUUGUUUUUUAAUCGAAUAAAACAUGUUAGAUAUAUAUUACUACUGUAUAUGUCGUCAUCAGUUUCAUGUGCACAUUUUCGAAAGGGGAUGUCUACAAAAUGAUAACCAAAAUAUUAUAAAGAUACAGUGAAUGGCGAAUAUGUUUCCAUAGAUGUGAGUAUGUUUUAUAUCAAUGUAAAAGAACAAGAUCAAAAUAUAGAGUUGCGAUAGAUAAAUUAAACAAAAAUAUUUUUAAUAAUAAAUUUACUGAUGUCACAAUAAAA